CCCCGAUUAACCCUAUAACUACUACUAUCAGAAUAUUUAAGAACUCCCAUCAACUUUAACCCAUGCCAAAGUUAAUAUGGUGUUUUUACAUUGGAUCACCAUCACCAUUGGAGUCCUCACGGCAUACGUUCUGACUAAACUCCUUACAUUUAAGAAACCCCCAGCGCCUCUACCCCCCGGUCCUCCUCCCAAACCACUUAUUGGUAACCUGAAAGAUCUGCCGCAAAAUGGAGAGAGGGACUGGGAGCAUUGGCUGAAACACAAAAAGCUUUAUGGGCCGAUUAGCUCCAUCACUGUGCUAGGUCAAACCUUUGUCAUUCUCAAUGACCCAAAGCUCGCCGUCGAGCUCUUCGAGCAGCGGUCCAAGUGGCAUUCGGACCGGCCUAAGAUGUUCUUUGCGACCGAAAUGUCCGGAACUGGGGGCAUCCUGGGAAUGAUCCCCUAUUCUGAUCGCUCCAAGGCAAUCCGCAAAGCCAUGAACAAGGAGAUUGGAUCGAAGGUAGCUGUUUCUCGUUUUAAUGGGCUGCAGGAGGCUGAGACGCGUCGCUUUUUACUACGGGUGCUCGAGGCGCCGGAGGAUCUGAGAAACCAUAUUCGGAAAGAAGCUGGCGCAGUUGUUCUUAAACUUGCGUAUGGGUACACGGCCGAGCCCCACAAACAGGAUCCGUUGGUUGAUUUGGCAGACGUGUCUAUGUAUUACUUUUCGCUGGUUUGUCGUUAUGGAGCUUGGUUGGUGGAUGUGAUUCCAAGCUUGAGAUAUCUCCCUUCUUGGCUUCCGGGAACUGAGUUCAAACGCAUAGGCCAGAGGUCCAAAGAGGCUUUUGAUAACUUUGGAGGGAAACCAUAUAAUUUCGUGAAGCAACAAAUGUCGCAAGGCAUACAUCAUCCAUCAUAUUUGUCAAGCAUUCUAGAAUCUGAAGAUAUAGAGCCUGGCUCCGAGAAGGAGUACGUGACAAAGUGGUCCGCAGCAUCGAUUUAUGCCGGCGGCGCUGACACGACAGUGUCCACAAUGGCAUGCUUCUUCCUCGCCAUGGCGCUGUAUCCUGAGGCCCAGAGAAAGGGUCAGGAUGAGAUCGAUCGUGUUGUCGGAAACCACCGUCUUCCCACCUUUUCCGACCGGGAUAAUUUGCCUUACAUCAACGCCAUGGUGAAGGAGGUCCUCCGCUGGCACCCAGUUGUACCGACCAACUUGCCUCAUGUUUCUACCCACGAUGAUAUGUGUCAAGGAUAUUUUAUCCCGAAGGGCUCCAUAGUUCUUGCUAAUAUCUGGGGGUUUACACACGACCCAGACGUCUUCCACGAGCCUAUGGCAUUCAAGCCGGAACGCUAUCUAGGCGAGAGCCCCGAGCCGGAUCCCCACAGGCUCUCGUUCGGAUUCGGCCGUCGAAUCUGCCCCGGUCGCGUGAUGGCAGAUGCGGCCAUCUACCUGAAUCUUGCACAGUGCUUGGCGGCCUUCAAUAUUACCAAGAAAGUCGUCGAUGGAAAGGACGUGGAGCCCCGAGUGGAAUUUCAGGCUGCGCUUAUCAGUCACCCGGAGCCAUAUGAUGUGAGCAUUAAGGCUCGGAGCUCGGUGCAUGAGGAGCUCAUUCGCGCGGUGGAGAUAGAAUAUCCUUGGGAGAAAAGCCAUGCGGAUGAGCUUGCUAAUAUCAAGGCAUAGAUGUUUUAUGGAUGAUUGCAUGCGACUGUCGGCGUUGAGAGGAGCUCGAGCAAGGGGUGCUUGUCAGUUUUACUAUGUAUUUAAGAUGUUGUUUAGCAGUUCGAAUCGACAUGAGCAUACCUUUUCAUGCUCCUGUCCUGGAGAUGCCAGACAGAUUCCCACCCACUCGCGCUUCAACUCUACACCUCACCGUGCGUGAAGCGAGACACUGAGAAGUAGGGAUGCAACCCCCCAUCAAAUCUAUCAUAUAAGUCCUCACGAUUCUAGAUCUGCCGCAAUGGAUGGGAGGGGGAAUGUAGUAGCACUAUGAGAUUUUCGACGGUGUCAUCCUCGUCACUAAAGAGAGUUUCUGGCACUAUGUACCCCGAUAAGGUGAUGCCAUGCCAAUGAAGGAUAUCAGAGUUGUCGAUAUUCAUCUACAGUAGCUCACAAAGCAAGGGGCUCACCCAAUAAAUCUGGAUAAAGACCAUAUUUUAUAAAGGAUUGCCCCUUAUGGUUCAUCCGAUAACUGGCAGAUAGCAAGAAAGCGUAUCAUUUAUACGGUAGC